AUGCCGCCAAAGUCAAACUUCAAGCGGGCCAUGCCCCAGACGCAGCCGUCCAUGCUGGCGUCGCUGCGCACCACGCAGCUCGUGGGCGACUCAAAGGCCGUACUACCUGCAGAGCUCAUCAACACCAUCCUCGACUACCUGCCCGUCGCCGACAUGUUCAACUUUGCGCGCACCUCGAAACGUAUGCGCGAGAUGGUAUAUGACGACACAAGAUGGCAGCAGAGACUGAGGAGCAUGGGUUGUUGGAACGAAGCAGAGGCCAAGCAGAGGUUCGAAGAGGCCAUGAAGAAGAAGUUGCAGGCACAAAGAGCAGAGGAUGCACGCAUAGCAGGCGUUGUGCCCAAUGGCAGCACCAGCUCCAUGGCACCGGGCAACAAUCACGUGGACAACACCAGCAUGACUCUCUUUGACGCUACCAUAGAGGAGGAUAUGCUGCGCAAAUCCCAGGAUCACCAAGGCAGACCCCGCUCCACGACGCUCGACAAAGGCUUCAACGAUAUGACCCUGUCGGCAUCUGGAACACUAGCCCCAAGCUCCUACAUCGUUGACCCACAAGCUGCCGUCAAAGUACUGGCGAACGUGCGUUCCAUACGGGGCAUGGCACGACAAGAGUAUGGCAAAGUGUAUGGUGCCUUGGCUCCCUUCUACUACGACAUUGAGAGGUCGCGAAGUCAUGCCGAUCCUAUAUUAUUCCGAACGUAUCGUGACCCGGAGCAGCAAGCCCAGAUGCUUGCCCAGCUCAAGGUAUUUGCAAAGAGCGACUAUGCUCAAGGCUGGCAUCAGCGUGAAGAAAAGCUCGAUACAAUGACCGGCAUCUUCGAGAACGCCGUGCUUCGCGAGUUCGAGCAAGGCUACGCUGAAAAGGACUUUGAUGGCCGUAUGAAGCGGUUUGCCUCAGUCUUGGUAGCCUUGAAUGGCGGUGCAGCAUGUCUAGACUCGUUUAUCCACAAUCACCCGUUGAUGUUGGACAAGGAGAGGCUCGGAGAUCCCUCCGAUUGUUUGCAAGGUGAUGAGGUGACUUUGAAGCCGUCGCAUGAAUUUUUCAAAGGUCUAGCUACCGAGCUCAAUAACGAGGCCGCUAUCAUUGAUCGUGUUUUUCCGCCUACGGUUGACGUUCUACAGACCUUUCUAGAGCGUGUUGCAGACGAUGUCAUUGCAGAGUACCUCACAACUCUUUUUGACCAGGCUCAUGACGUGAGCAUCGAAGCCUAUUUGAAAACUGUCGCUGGCAUUUUCGACCAAGCGCUGCAGCUAGCAGUAUCCCUGCAUCCCACCAAGGCCUCCAAGCCUGAUUUCCAGCAAGAGGCGAUUCGCAUCAUAACUCGGUGUUUUGAGCCUCAUGUCGAUCUUUACCUGCAAGAGGAGUUGGAUUAUUUCAAACGCAAGUCGGCGGCAGAGGUUGAUGUGUGGGAGAAGCGACUGCUGGAAGAAGAGCUAACUACUGAAACUCGGUUCAUGGCAAAUGUGAACCGGAAAGCUGUUAAACAAGAUUUUCUAUCGUCGUUCAAAAAGGUGGUCAUGAUGCCCGUCAAUGUACUACCCACCAUGGGCGGCUCCAGCUCGAGUAAACCCAGCGCAAAUAGAAAUAGCACCUUGGAUCCGACCUCGAGAAGUGGCACUCCGCUUCCUGGCGAUGGGACCUCGACCCCACGGAUGGACGCCCCGACGUCUGAACUUGCUGCCAAGGCGGCCAUUAUGAACUCGCGGUUAGAAGGAAUUCGAUCCCUUUUCAGUAUCGAGGUUGCCCUUAAUCUGACGCACAUGGCCAAGACUAGUCUCGAACGUGCUGCUCGAUUUGUCCAGCUUGGAGGCCAGUCUGGUGAAGAGGCGAAAGAACAGUCGGAACAAAUUUUCAUUCACCUUGUACAAAUUCUCGGGAACCGCCAUAUGAAAUUGGGGUUUGACAAGGCUGUCAGCCACCUAGCGGAUUACAAGCCGAGAGAGGUGGCGGACCACAGCCAGGAAGGAGUUGCGCCACUUGUAGCUUUUCUGGAGCUUGUCAAUGUCGGAGACCUUAUACAGCAGAUGGUCGAAGUCUUUUAUCUCCAGGAGCUUGUUGCUGCCAACCUCACAGACCGGGAUGAUUUCCUUAGCCUGGCAGCAAAAGAGAAGAAGCGAUUUGAGGCACAACUCGACGAGAGCGUGGCUGCAGGUCUCAACAAAGGUAUUGAUGUGCUGAUGGACGAGGUCGAGUACCUUUGUGGUACGACGCAGGAUCCGACCGAUUUCAACCCUCCGAUUGGGCCCAACGGCGUGGUAGAGAUGUCGGACAUUGGGCCGAGUCAAACAGCACUCAAGAUUGUAGAAGUUGUGUCGUCACACACGAGCAUGCUCAUUGGCAGCACAGACAAGAACGUGCUUGAUGUGUUCAACCAGGAAGUAGGCGUGCGUCUGUUCACUGCUCUUUGCAAGCAUUUGAAGCGGCAGAGAAUCAGCGUGGAUGGCGCCAUCAAGCUCAUUAGCGACAUGAAUGCCUACAACACGUACAUUGUCUCUCUGCGUAACAAGCCGCUCAUCCAGUACUUUGCUGCGCUGCGCGAGCUCUCACAAAUAUAUCUGAUUGACGCGAAGCAAGCCAAAGAGAUUGCUACCAUUAUUGCGGACACAGACCGGUAUCACGGCAUCUUCCGAGCGGAGGAGGUGUACGAGUUUGCAGAGAGAAGAGCGGACUGGUAUCAAAUCAAAAGCGCAGUAGAGAAGCAAAUGUACGGAGUUGGCUGCUGGGUCAUGUGA